CCACAUGAGUAAUCACACACAAUGAGUAGUAAAAAAGUCGCACGGCAAGAAAUGGUCCCGCGCCGCACACGAUAACUCGCAGUUGUUUAUUUAAGCGGUUCGUGCCGUCCAGCCGACGAUUACGGGAGACUGAGUGGGACCCCCUAAACACAUUUACACGCACCACAUAACAUAUAACUGAUCAACUCUCCCUCUUCAGCUUCCCACACCUCAUAAACCCAGCAGUUGCGUCACUCUCACUCUCUCUCUCUCUCUCUCUCCUCUUCUCCGCCAUGGCUUCCACGCGCGAGGGCCACUACAGAGGCGUCCGGAAGCGUCCCUGGGGCCGAUACGCCGCCGAAAUCCGCGACCCGUGGAAGAAGACACGUGUCUGGCUUGGCACCUUCGACACCCCCGAGGAGGCCGCCCUCGCCUACGACGGCGCCGCCAGGUCCCUCCGCGGCGCCAAGGCCAAGACCAACUUCCCCCCUCCGCCCUCUUCCCGCCUCUCUGUCGAUCUCAAUCUCCCCUCCGAUCACCACCACUGGAUCGCGCCCACCAGCCGCCUCAUCAUCAACGACCUCCUCCACACCGCCGCCGUUUCCUCCGCCAACUGCAAUGUCGCCGCCGCCGCCCCGCCUGCCGUUGGUGAUGCUCCGCCCAAGUAUUUCGGGAUCGUGAGACGCGGCCUGCCCAUUGACCUGAACGAGCCGCCGCCGCUCUGGCUGUAGAGACAGACAUGCUUCCUAUUUUGGCGGCGCUAGGUAGCGUUUUCCUCGUGUUUUUUUUCCUCCGACAACUGAGAUUUUUCUGAGUUUUGUCGUAGAAUCAUGAUAAAUGUUCGGAUUCGGAUGAAUUUUCUUCUUCGCCUGUGUAUAUUCUCUACCCUUAAUUUGAAUGUUUUUGAUCC